CCUAAAACGUUGGGGGCGUGGGUGUUCAACGUCAUUUCCUGGUUUGUUUACGAUUCCCGCCACCUGAAAUCAAGCGAUAAAUUCUAGAAGAUGGUGCCAGAAAAAGAGAGGAAUUGUCUCCGCAGGUUUGUGGUGGAUCAACUGCGCCAUGAAUCAGAUCUAAGCACGCUCACAUUAGGCAUACUGAAGAAGAGGUACCUGGCUCUUGUGAAAUGUGAGCCAUUAAGUCCAGAGGCGAAGAAGUUCAUGAAACAAGUGGUGGAGGAAGAACUUCUGAACAUGCAGGAAAAUGCUGAAAAUGAAAGUGACUCUGAGAUCAAGGGGCCCCAAAACAAACGGAAGAGAGAAACCAAGCAAAAAGAGGUGGAAAGUGAAGAAGAAAAAGACCCCCGAGCAAAAAAAUCUCGUCGUGUUUCAAGCUCCUCAUCAGAUUCAGAGGUUGAAGAGAAAUGCAAAACAGGAAGUCCAAAACAAGCAAAAUCUCACGCUACGGGUGCAGGGAAACGAGUCGGAACAGAUGGGAACGCAAAACAGCCGACCACGAGCGAGGAUGACUCUUCUGAUGAAGAAACGAAGAAGUCAGAACAAAGUGAGAGCGAGAAUAACGAGAGUCCAGAGAAAAUGGCAGAAAAGGAAUCGAACACUCCAAAGACGGAAGGGAGAAGUCCUGAAACGAGUGAUGGGAAGGAAUCGGCGGAGAGUGAUGAGAGUGAAAGUGGUUCAAAUGGGAAGUCGGAACAAAGAGGCGACAACAGGAAGUCGUCCGGCGCUGAAAAUAAGGAAGUCACCGUGGAAAAGAAAACCAACAAUUCAGACUCCGGUUCAUCGUCCUUGUCCUCUCUGGAGGACAAGAGUAAAGGAGCGGCUGAAGAUUCAAAAAGUAAGAAGAAGGUGAAAAGAGAUCAGAGCAGCCAAAAGAAUGACGACAAAGCUGUCGUGCGUCUGAAGCGUUACAUUGCCCUCUGUGGUGUGAGGAGGAAUUACAAGAAACUGCUGAACAGCUGCAGCUCCACCCGCUCCAAGCUGGCUGUUUUAAAGAAGGAGCUUGAAGAUCUCGGCGUUCAUGGAAACCCAACCAUUGAGAAAUGUAAAAAAGUCCGAAUGAAGAGAGAAGAGGCUCAGGAGCUGGCCGAGCUUGAUGUCUGCAACAUCAUCAACACAAAAGGUCGUCCUACUCGCAGAGGAAUGUCAAACAGGCAGGACCCUCCGUCCUCCGGCUACAAGCGUGCUCUGAACUCCGGAUCUGACACGGAAAAAGAGAACAACCCUGACAAAGGACGCAGGAAAAUCUCAGAAUGGGCCAAUCUGCGAGGGAUUAUCAGUGAUGAUGCAGAUAGUGACUAAUAAUAGUUUCCCUUUUGUGUUCUCAGUAAUAACUUUAUUAUGGUUGCUACUUGUUUCUUUUUUUUCCCUUCUGAUAUUAAUCUUUCUGAAUAUUUAAAGUAUAUUUUUUAUCAAAUUAAAGUUGUUUGUGGUUGGAUUUUGAGUUUGUAUGCUGUUACAAGGUUUCAUUGCAAAUAAAUCUUUAAACUGAAAUUGUAUUUUUACUUUAACAUAAAAAUAUUUAUGUUCAGUUCUGGUUUUGUUAAAUCCUAAAAUUGUAAUUUUCAGAGACUGCAAGUUUCAUCUAACAGUGUUCUAAGGAUGCAUCUUGAAAGACCUUGUCAACUCCCUUUGGGCUGUUUUAAUAAACUAAAGAAGUUCAUCAGCAUCUAAGAGUAUACAAAUCUUGAGUCAAUAAUGGUGUGAUUUGUACAAUACAAUAUACUUAGGAGCUCGCAACUAUUUUCUUUCUACAUAAUUUACGGUGUAAUAGAAAAGACGUAUUUUUGAGUGACCGGAAGUGAGGUCAGAACUCAGUAACACGGAACAUUUAGUAGAUGGACCGGUCCCACAUGCAAAUGUGUCUGCCUGCAGUCCGUAAGGAAUGGACGAUGACACGUCUGAUGAGGCCUUCACAGAGCUCAGGAGCAGGAACCUCGGAGGUUGGGGGGUUGCUCAGAUAGCUGUGGGCACUGGGCUUGCUGUAUACGCAAUGUGGGUGGGGAUCCUCCAGCCAGGCUUCAGAAAAGUCCCAUUAAGGCUACAGGUGUGUGUAUGUACGGUGUGUAGAACAUUUUGUUUAGAGUCUGACCUCCUUUUCUUCUCCACUCUAUUUUGUCCAGGUCCCCUACAUUCCUGCCAGCAAAGCUCAAGUACAAAAUGUUAUGACAUUGCUGAGAGGUCGAAAGGGGGAUCUUGUGGAUUUGGGAUCGGGAGACGGUCGCAUUGUAAAUAAGAGUGUAUAAUCAAGAUUGAUGGAGUUUUUCUUUUUAUUAUUUUACAUAUUUAUUAAAAUUGUUGUCAUUUAAUCCCAAAAGGUCUUGGAAGCUUAUCGCCAUGGUUUUAGUCCAGCAGUUGGUUAUGAGCUAAACCCCUGGCUGGUGCGCCUUGCCCGUUUUCACGCCUGGAGAGCAGGUCAUCACGGAAAAGUGUCAUAUAGACGAGAAGAUCUCUGGAAGGUCUGACUUUUACUUUCCUGCUGUAGAUUCAGUAUCACAACCAUCCAGUUGUUUAUUUCAUCUACUAGUUCCAUUUCAUUUUAAGUGUGCUUUCCCAAA